CACCACUGCUCAAAAAAUUCCACUCUCUCUCUCUGUCUCCGCUCCCUUCAAAUUCCAAAACACUCGCAUCGGAUUCUUCCUUUUCUUCGUUGUCAUUUUUACAGAUUUUGCUUUCCUGUGAUUCCGGUGAUCGGAAAACUCUACGGCCCCCGCCAUGGACCGAGGCGGCCCAACCCCUGUUCCCACCGUCAACAGUGGCUCCGGAAAUGGUGCCGUUCGGAUCCAUCAAUCGAGAAGAUUGCCCGAUUUCCUCCAGAGCGUGAAUCUCAAGUACGUCAAACUAGGGUACCACUACUUGAUUUCCAAUCUCUUAACCUUAUGUAUUGUUCCUUUAAUCGCCGUUACCCUAAUCGAGGUUUCCCAAAUGAAUCUCGAUGAUGUUCGUCAGCUUUGGUUUCAUCUCCAGUACAAUUUGGUUAGCGUCAUUAUUUGCUCCGCCGUCAUGGUUUUCGGAUUGACGGUUUAUACCAUGACUCGUCCUCGUCCGGUUUAUCUUGUUGAUUAUUCCUGUUAUCGCCCUGCAGACGAGCUUAAGGCUCCAUUUCAUCGCUUCAUGGAUCAUUCCAGGCUUAAAGGGGACUUCGAUGAGUCGUCUCUCGAGUUCCAGCGCAAGAUUUUAGAGCGCUCCGGACUUGGUGAAGAGACUUAUGUCCCCGAAGCUAUGCAUUAUAUUCCUCCCAGGCCCUCCAUGGCCGCGGCCAGAGAGGAGGCCGAACAGGUCAUGUUUGGUGCUUUGGAUAAAUUGUUUGCUAAUACGAAUGUCAAACCUAAGGAUAUUGGCAUUCUCGUUGUAAAUUGCAGCCUGUUUAAUCCAACCCCUUCACUUUCUGCUAUGAUUGUUAACAAGUAUAAAUUGAGGGGAAAUAUAAGGAGCUUUAAUUUAGGUGGAAUGGGUUGUAGUGCUGGAGUUAUUGCAGUUGAUCUUGCUAAGGACCUUUUGCAAGUUCAUAGGAAUACUGUAGCUGUUGUUGUGAGUACUGAAAACAUUACUCAGAAUUGGUAUUUUGGGAAUAAGAAGUCUAUGUUGAUCCCUAAUUGUCUGUUUCGUGUUGGUGGUUCUGCGGUUCUACUGUCCAAUAAGUCUGUGGAUAGAAGGCGAGCUAAGUAUAGGCUUAUUCAUGUUGUGAGAACCCAUCGUGGAGCCGAUGAUAAGGCUUUUCGAUGUGUCUACCAGGAGCAGGACGAUGUGGGCAAGACCGGAGUCUCACUGUCCAAAGAUUUAAUGGCAAUUGCUGGAGGUGCUCUGAAAACCAACAUAACUACAUUGGGUCCGCUCGUACUCCCAAUUAGCGAGCAGCUAUUGUUCUUUGCCACCCUACUGGUAAAGAAGUUCUUAAAUGGAAGUAUGAAGCCGUAUAUCCCUGAUUUCAAGCUUGCGUUUGAUCACUUCUGCAUACAUGCCGGAGGAAGGGCUGUGAUUGAUGAAUUGGAAAAGAAUUUGCAGCUCUUGCCUAUUCAUGUCGAGGCUUCUCGGAUGACGCUUCACCGCUUUGGAAAUACUUCAUCAAGCUCCAUUUGGUAUGAAUUGGCCUACAUAGAGGCCAAAGGGAGGAUGCACAAAGGCAACCGUGUGUGGCAGAUUGCAUUUGGCAGUGGUUUCAAGUGUAACAGUGCAGUGUGGGAAGCACUCAGGAAUGUGAGGCCAUCUCAAUCUAGUCCAUGGGAGGACUGCGUCGACAAUUAUCCUGUUAAGUUACCUGCUUAGAUCUGUAACAUUGCUUGGAACAUUCAUUCGGGUUUUUGCUUCGUGACUUUCGCCUACCUGACUGUUCUUGUCUUGCCCUCUGCUCCUGAUGGUUGUCAUUUAUUUGCUUAUAGUUUGCAUCUAGGAAAAUUGAUCGAGUUAUGAGUUUUCUUCUCAAGUUUUCAGUUUGCAUCAAGUCACCAUGUCGAGAUUGCCCGAGUUGCAUUGUCCGAUGAGUCUAUGUCAAAGUUAUAGAGGAGAGUCAGUCACUGCCAUGUGAAAUUUCUCCAUGGGGUCAGACAAAACCUUCUCUUAUUGUUAAAAUCUAUCUUCUUUAUGAUGAAAACUUGUUUUAGGCUUUUAGCUCCAUUCAAAGGAGUUCGUUCUUCUGCAGUACAAUUUGUAUCUCUGGUAAAUUUUGAUUUACCUCUAAACCAUUGAAUUGAUUUCUAACUUUUGCCUGCAAA